CAACAACACAAAAUGAAGUAUCUACAACUUUGGGAUUUGAGAGAGAAAUAUUAGCAUGUCAACAUGAAAGCAGACAAACGUAAACAGUUCACGUAUUGAAGAGCCUUUAGUGUUUUUCAGUUGAAUAAUUUUGUCCGUAGCAGAGGUCAUGCUCUUCUUCAUGCCACAACAGCGCCUCUUUUGAUUCUAGUGAGGUCUCGUCCAUUUUGAUUGCUCAAUGGUCACUGGUUUAAUCGGAUAUAACACACAACCUCGCAUGCUUACACCAACAAACAAGCAUUUGGAUUGUUUUGUUGUUGUCUGUGUGAAAUGUCUUCAUCUUUACUUGGUUGUCAUGUAAUUGCUCAAUGCAACACACCCAAGAAUCCCUCUCCCAUCACGUAACCUCCAGAGGGAGAGAUGUUUGUUCAGGGAGAAGAUACAGGAGGCUCAGAUGGGAGUGUUUUCCUUGCCAGGGCUUGUUGUGGAAGGUGGACCCAAUCAGCCAAGCUGUAAUGUCAUACAUCAACCUGAUUCAAGGUUUGGAGGGGCUCCCCAUCAUGGCAUAGUCAGAGAAUGUUGUGUUCCCCCGCUGCUUCCGAGGAGGUGACCGUGGUGUAUCAGAAUGGCCUGCCAGUCAUCUCAGUCAGUUUGCCGUCCAGGCGAGAACGCUGUCAGUUCACUCUCAAGCCUCUCAGUGACUGCGUGGGAGUUUUCCUCCAACAACUCCAAGCAGAGGACAGAGGCAUCGAUCGGGUAGCCAUUUACUCCACAGAUGGAGCCAGGGUUGCCUCCUCCACAGGCAUAGACAUCCUCUUAUUGGAUGAUUUCAAGCUCGUCAUCAACGACACCACGCAUCUUGUGAGACCACCAAGGAGAGAGUUGCUGCCUCACGAAGAGACAGAAAGGCUGAAUGAUGUUAAGUUCCUGGUGCAGCAGCUCUACACCACCCUGCGCAUUGAGGAGCACCAACUCAGCAAAGAGCGUGAGCUGAUUGGACGACUGGAAGACCUCAACUCUCAGCUCCGCCCUCUAGAGAAGGUAAAGCAAGAACUGAGUAGGAAGGCGGAGCGGCGUACCACUUGGGUGCUGUGGGGCGGCAUGGCAUACAUGGCCACCCAGUUCGGCAUCUUGGCCAGACUGACUUGGUGGGAGUACUCCUGGGAUAUCAUGGAGCCUGUCACCUACUUCAUCACAUACGGCACAGCCAUGGCCAUGUAUGCCUAUUUUGUGCUCACACGCCAGGAGUACGUGUACCCUGAUGCCAGAGAUCGUCAGUUUCUGCUCUUCCUCCACAAGGGAGUGAAAAGGACACGCUUUGACAUCGAGAAGUACAACAAGCUGAAAGAUGACAUCGCUGAGGUGGAAUUGGAUCUGAAGCGUCUUAGGGACCCACUCCAGCUUCAGCUCCCAGUACAACAGCUCACUACUGGUAAAGAUUGAUGGGAAGAGUAACCUCCCUCCUCUCCCAGUGUUCCCUUUUCUAUCCCUAUCAAAAACCACUCGUCUCCCUUUCCCCGCCUUAUAGUCACCCUACUCGCCCCCACAUUUCUCUUGCAUCCCCCUCUUAAACCUGGGAGUUUCCCCUCUUUCUUGUCCACUUUUUACUUCCCUGGCUGAACCAACUGCAGUGGAAAAUUCCAAGAUGCAUGGUGAGCUGAAAAUCUCCCAGUGAUGGUAAUGAUGAUGAUGGACAGCCUGCAGAGAACCAGAGGGGCAAAUGGGAAAUGCUACCUUGACCCACCAGGAGAGAGCAUAUGCAAAGGGGACGCCAUUGCUAUGUGUGUGUGUGUGUGUGUGUGUGUGUGUGCGAGAGACAUCCAGGCAACACCAACCUUCACCAUUCGAGUUCCAACACACACACACACACACACACCUGCUGGGAGCAGAUUGUGUGGAGCAUCUAUCCCACACGUUAAAGUUUACAAUCAAGUCUUGGCCUCUCCUGGCUACGGCUCAAAGAGACGUCAUCUUCCUGUGGCUGAACUCUGCUGCCUCUCCACACUUUGGCCACGCCUCUCCAGGUUGACAGACAAGCUGUUCGUUCUCACGUGACCUUUUGACAGGAGUCUGCCUCGCAACCCAUUUCCUCUUCCUGUGGCAGCCCAGCCUGCGCAAGUAUGCGAGUACUACCGACAACAACAUCACUGUGUUUUCUUUUAUUCCAAGAAAAAUAUUUUGGCACUUUUUAUUUUGAAAGCCAUAAUAUAUUUGUUAUGAAGUAAAUAUAACUCUCUCUCUCUCUCUCUAUAUAUAUAUAUAUAUAUAUAUAUAUAUAUAUAUAUAUACACACAUACAUACAAUCAAAUAAAUGACCACAACUAGUUGUUUUACAGUGGGGGGAGGAGUUUAAAUGUUAAAAUCAUUGUGUCGCUGAAGGAUCCAUCAUGUUGUCAUGCACUAUAUACCAAAUGCAUUAAAUACAUCCUAUUUUUUGAAUAACAGUAUGUUCCACAGUAACAUUAAACAUUUUUGGUUGGAUGUCCUCUUAAAAAAAUCAUUAUUCAGAAGUGGGAUUUCUCCCCCCACUGUCAUUGUACCGCCUCCUUGUCAUUGUACCGCCAUGGAAGGAGCAGUCCUUCCAUGGCAAGGCAGGCUAGACUGCAUGCUGUGGUUGUAUGCCCUCAGUAGAAAUUUGUGACUGUGUAGGAACAUUAAGAGACAUUUUCUACUCAAUCGGACACUUUCCCUUGCCUUGUAUAAUUGUAGUAUGGGGCAAUCACAUCCCUUGAUUGGUCAUAGGAGCUAUAUGUCUAUCGUGUCUAUUUAGGACACGUUUUUCAUGUGGUUUUUUUUUCUCUUGAUUGAGGAUUGGUGGCCCUCUCUGACUGACUCUUUUCCUCCACAAAAUAUAAAGGAGUAUUUGGGCCACACUGAAAAGCAGAACAAAGAUUGAUCAGUAAGAAUGAAGUCAUAGCUUAACAACGGUCAAGUUGUUUUUGCGGGAAAAGAAGUGUUUAUUAUGAGGGAAAAGUUGUAAGUGUUACUACAAAUUUGAUUUGAGGAAAACAAAGGAAAGUUUUCAGAAUAAAGUCACACUUUUAAGAACAAUAAAAGCAAUUUUUCAGGAAAAAUAAAGAACUAGUCAUUUUAUGAGAAUAAAUUGUAAUUUUGAUAUAUUUGAAAAAUUAUUAAAAUACUAGGAUAAAUAUAAAAUAUUAAGUUAUUUUGAAAAAUAUGGAAAUCAGCUCAUAUGAAUAUUGAGGAUAUUAAAACAAAAAUAGAAACGAUAAAAAUGCUUAUAAUAUUAUUGUAGUUAUUGUAUGGCAAGUCUGUGUGGAAUUUUGACAUUUAUUUCCCAAGUAAUUAUUUUAAGUAUUACGUAUAAGUAUUUCCUCGUAAUAUUACACUUUAUUUGCGUAGUUUAACUUUUCCCCGUGUGGCCUCAAUACUCCUUUGUACAAAAAGGUCUAAACACAUUUGUGUGUGUGUGUUCACCCCUGCGGAGUUGGCGUGCAGCAACAUGCGGUCAUGCCAUCGCCGUCUCUUUGUAUGUGCGCAAUGAAUCAAUCCUACGAGCAGAUCCGGUGUUUAACAACAGAUUUCCUAUUAAAAUGCAUGAGUUGAGAGAUCUAAUCAAAUGUUAACCAUGCAGCUCUUACAGCUGGAAAUGGUCUAAUCCGUUUAGUGUGUGCGCUAUCUCCAGGGAUGUGGUGCCUUUUGGGAUGCUGAUGAAGGAUUUUAAGAGAGUUGACGAGGAAGCAGAUAGGUCAUUGAAGGCCUCUGAGUAGGGCGUGAAAUACAGAUCAAGGACUGUUAAACUUGCAAUCUUUUUAAUGUUUGUUGAUCAGAUAUCAGACUAGUAAUUGAAGUCCUUCGCCAUCAGUGCUGCUUUUCUACUCUUAUGUUUGUUUCUGGCUUACAAUGUUGAUUCAUCCUGCACACACACUGAAUUGCUUUCCUUGACCGUCCUAGUUGGAGGUGUUUUUUUUUUAAAUUUUAUUUAAUCCCACCGUCCAUCAUUGAUUGCCUUUUCCCUCUCCCUUCAUGUGUUUUAAACAUCUAAAUACAUCAAAUAUAGAGACCUUUAUUAUUAAGAGGGUGUUGCAUGAAUGUCUGUUUACAUGGAAAAUUAUGUAUAAACAAAAAAAAUGAUUUAUAGGAAAUAAAAGGCAAUUUACGAAGGAUGUUUGUCGAGAUUCCUACUUUGACCGGGCAGUUCACAGGGCUACAUGUUGAGAAUCAUGACUUUUCCCAAACUCGAUUCUCACCAACCAACCCACUCGCCAUCACACCUUUAACCUCCGGUCAUUUUCUUCCCUCCAUAGCCGCACAUUAAUGCUCCUCAUAAAAGACAGCGUACAUGCAGCAGUAAGGAGGCUCUUAAAGAGUACCUGCUGACCUCACUAACAUCCUGCUUCUGACCCAAAAGGAAAAUGUCAGGUGCCAUGCAGUAGCUUUUUAGGAGACGACCCUCUCUUGCUGUUUUCAUCUUUUGCUUACUUUGUCCAAAGCACUCUUGCGUUUUGAAUGCGUGGUUUUGAAAAUCUGGUGUGCACUUACAAUAAAAUAUGCUUAAAUGGGUGAAGCAUAUUUAAGUGACAUGUACUCCAUUCUGACCUCUUUUUUUAGAUUUCUGUUGACAUGAUGCUGUAAUAUUGGCAAAAAAAGUGUGUAAAAUCCUGUAUCAUUUAUGAAAUAUGUAUAAAAGAGAAAUGUAAUUCAAUUAUCAAUAAAAUCCUUAUCCAGGUUUUGGA